CAUUAGCAUUUGUGGAAUUAUGGGCUUAAGAGUUGUAUUUUUUUACAAGUAAUUUCAUAAGUGUUCAUUCUAUUUAUGUUGUGCAAAUUUUUGAUGAUUGAAGGUUUGAUAAUUAAAUGGAAAGAAUGCAAAGAGCCAAAAAGAUGAGGGUCCAAGGUUCAAAUUUAGAAGUUUGAAGGCUCAAGUGGGAUUUUCUCCAUUUUUGAUUAAGGAGCAAAGUUCAUGAAGUUGAAGUGUUAAUGAGGAGUUGGAACCUGUUUUUCAGGUUCCAACCCCUGGUCAAUGCAAAAGGAUGGACAGUAGCAUGAGGGAUUCCACACCCUGUGUUCAGGUUCCAACCUCUGGUCAGUGUGACGCAAAUUUAGUUUUUCAUUGUGAGAACUCUUUUUGUUGAUUUAAUAUAACUUCCCUGUGGAUCAACACUUACAGUUACGCUACAACAACCACUCAGCCAAAGGGUUUUAAUUUUGGGGCAAGACAUCACUUAGUCUGCUUAGUUGCAGCAAGAUGCCCUGGACAAAACUCAUACAUUUCUUGGAGUGGGUAGAUGAUAUUUGCAUCAUUUGAUCUUUGUGAGGACUACAGCAUUCUGAGGCCAUCAGGUGUGCCUCAAAUGGAAAGGUGCAGUCCCCUUGCACAUUUUGUGCCUUAUGUUAGUGUGUGCCUGUGCUUUGCCCUUGUGCAUUGCCUCUUGCCUAAAAGACCCCUUAAGUGUCUAGGUGUGCCUAGUGCAUUUAAAUCACUUUGUGACUACAUGAUGAAAAUUUUGCACAAGCUAGUUUUCUGCAUAACUUUGUAAUGAAGUUGUUCAUCAUCCUAAGGCUUAACUGAUUAGUUUCCUGAACAGUAAAUGGGGAUGGAAUAGCAUUUCACUCUUGAUUGAACCAAUUGGAAUGUGGCUAUGAGUUCUUGCCCAUAUUUGAUCUUAUCUUAGUAAUUUAGAAUCUUUAGAGCCACUUUGAUCAUGCUAUGUCUAUGUCUUUCAUUGCUAUUCAAUUUUCUGUUUUAACACAGUAUUCACUUUCCUUUCCAGUAUUGAGCAAAUAGCCGAUGGUUGUUUAAUAUGGGAGGGGUGGUUUAGUACUGCAUUAGCCGAAAGACAUGAAACAUCAAAUAGUUUGCAGAUUAUCUUGGAGCCAGAGGGUUAGUUUGUUAUAAUGAAGGUUAAGGCAGGAUCGUCGAUGAUGGGUUGUGACUUGUGAGCCAUUUUCCAAGGGCCUAUAGACGGAUUACAAUGGUCCAUUUUCAGGGAUUUUGUUGAGCUAUUGGCUUAAUGGAGAUGAUUUUUGCUUGAUGUGUGGAGCUCUAGAAAUAAAUGUGAAAUUUUGUAAUUUUAGGUCUCUUCAUUUUUUUUUUUUUUGUUUCAUUAUUUUCUAAGUUUGUAAAUGGAAAGAAACCUUACUUGGUCAU